AUGUCUACCGUCAUGCCUCCCGAUCUAUCCCAUCUUUCGACUCGCCGACACGAUGCCGUCUGUCAGCCUGUACAAUACUGUCAGAUUGAUCCUGGAUAUCGUGUCCAUGAAUUAGACAAACAAGCCGAGGGGGGAAAGAUUUUAUAUCGAGUGGACGGUUCUAAGUUGAUUAGUCGCCACUGGACUCGAAUCGGAUUUAGAGCAACGAAUAUGUGGGCAGCCGAUGAAAUACUACGACAGAUCAAAGCUUCCGGUAUUCCGACAGAGGGUCGUAUCUUGACGAGUGAGGACGUGAAUGACAUUUCUACGUUACACGAAGGUACCAAUCACCCGACUUUCCACUGUACCAAUGGAUGGGCCGAUUAUAACCCACAUCAAGUUGAAGAUCGCUCAUCCCCUUCCAUAUCAUCUUUCAGUUUGUUCCAUGACGCAAUAUACUAUGCUGUCUCUCAAGCUCUUUGGUAUGACAUAGACGUGAAUAUAUCCGUGAUCUCUACCUCUGGUCUGGUCGUAUUGGACGCAUACAGCCUCAUUUCCAAUCCUGGCCCCGGUCAUUCGAAUUGGUCCUCACAUUGUGAUGACUUUAGACGGCAGCGAGCGCGCAACUUCUCGUUUGCGCAACGUGAACUCUUGGUCAUAGGUUCUAUCCCUUACAGAAACGUUUUGCUACGCAUACCGGUGGAAAAAGAUCUUAUAGGUAUCUGCCUCCCUUCUGAAUAUUGGAAGAUAGACAAUGAUCCAACGGAACCAUAUCACGAAAACCUCUUAUGGGAACUGGUAUACAGGAGGCAACACACUAUGCGUUCGAGUCGUGAGCUGGUGGAGUGUCGUAGGAUCGAGGAUGAUGCUAAAAGGCGACAACACUACGUAAUGAUCGACGACAAAGCUUUGAGGGCCUCAAAAGACGGCUCAGACGCACAGAGCACCACGGUAUCGUCUUCGUCGUUGUCAGUCAGGAUCGACCAGGAGGAGAAUGAUUUAACUUUGGCCCUGAAGAAGCUGUCCGUUUGA